AUGGGUCUUGUCGAUUAUUCCGAAUCCGAAUCGGAGCCCGAGGUUGACGCGCCCAAGCCCACCGUCAAACCUGCCCCGAAGAAACCUGCAUUCCAAAAAGUCGUCGAUCGAUCAAACCCGGGCAAAAUCAUCGUCAAUCUUCCCCAAGCCGCCUCUUCCAACGACGAAGGCGCAUCAAAUGGCGAUGGACCACCGGCGAAACGCGCGCGCACGGGUGCUAGUGGCGGCCUCUUUUCCGGCUUCAACUCGUUUCUCCCACCGCCAAAGAACGCGGCAAAGGCGACGCUGAGCAAACCCUCAAGCAGCCAAGCUCGCCCCAUGAUCAAUCUUAAAACCAGUGCCGAGAAGGGCUUUAGCCGUGAUGAAGAGUUUUCGAACAGUUCUAGCAACGCAGAUGCCGCGCCUGGAGGACUGAGCUUGCCACCUCCUAAACGAUCAGCCGAACCAUCAAUACCGGAUACGAUGAAGCCUGCCGAGGAAGUCAAACUUAAGAAGCCUAUCAAGAGCACGGCCGUCCAAGCGCCCGCAGCAUCAACGUCAAAAUCAGUAGCCUCAACUCAAGCCGCAACCUCGACGAUUAGCACAGCACCAGAACCAGUUGCAGCCCCAGCACCGCCUCCGAAAAAGACAUCAUUAUUCUCACUGCAUGUAGAAGAGCCAUCAGCUCCUGCAUCAGCGUCAGCAGAAAGGGGGGCCUAUGAACCACUCUUCGAAACUGAAGACUCGGCCAAUCCAUAUUCCGUGAAUGGGCCAGACGUUUAUUCUCAGCAAAUGAACAGUGGUCAGAUGGCUACCACCGCAGCAGAUACGAGGACAGAGUCGUUGGACAGCAUCGCCAAUGAUUUGAAUCUUUCCGCCGCUGCGAGACGAGAGCUGUUUGGAAGAGGAGGUCAAGGACAGACGGCACAAAAACUCAUCAACUUCAAUAUGGAUCAGGAAUACCAACACAACGAAGAGCUCAGAGCAGCUGGAGAACAACAAACGCACAACCCCGUUCGCGCCAUAGCGAGCGGCAAACACAGUCUCCAGCAGUUGGUGCGGAACGUGUCCAACCAACGGGAGGCCUUGGAGGAGAGCUUUGCAAAAGGCAGAAGCAACCGGAAGGAAGCUUCAAGCCGCUACGGCUGGUAA